AUGAAAUAAGAUUAGUUUUCUUCAACAAGAGUUCAAUUUGUGCAUUCUAACAAAUUAUGUACUGCUUAAGUUCUAGAGCAUUUUCAUAAUAGUCCAUUUCCAAAGGAUCAAGAUUAAGUUACACAAUUUAUAUAAAACUAUAAGGUAAAUGUUUUUUAUUUAUUCAGACAGCCAUAAAUUCUAGAAAAUUAUCAAGAGCUAUAAAAUAAUCCUUUAUUUUCAGUCUAAUUUGAUGAAACAUAAUUAUAUUUUGGAUUGAUUGUAAAUGAUUUGAAAUAAGGAGUUGGUGUUUAUUAUAAAAAAGGAAAAUACAUAUUUGAAGGAGAUUGGCAAUAGAAUUAAAAAAAUGGAAGGGGAAUUGAAUUAUUUAUUAAUGGAUCCUAUUAUGAAGGAUAAUAUAUCAAUGGUAAACCUUCUGGAAUGGGAAGAUUUUAUUGGAGUAAUGGAGAAUUUUAUGAAGGUUAAUGGUUUAACGGUAAAAAACAUGGUUCUGGAAUUUGGAAAGGUUCUAAAGGAGAUUCUUAUAUAGGAGAAUGGAAAAUGGGUGUUCCUGAUGGAUAUGGAGUUCAUUUAUGGAUUAAUGGUGAUCGAUAUGAAGGAGAAUUUAAGAAUUGUUUAAAGGAUGGACGAGGAACUGAGAAAUUUGCAAAUGGAGAUACUUACAUUGGAGAAUAUUUAGCAGGAAAACCUAAUGGAAUGGGAGAAUACUAUUGGGCUAAUGGUGCUGUGUAUAAAGGAGAAUUUAGAGAUAGUUUAAGACAUGGAAAAGGAGUUUGGAAGAGAGGGAAUGGACUUGGAGAUUCAUAUAAUGGAGAAUAUGAAAAUGAUUUGAAAUAAGGUUAUGGUGUAUAUAGUUGGGCAGAUGGUAAUAAAUAUGAAGGAUACUUUAAAAAUGAUUUGAGAGAUGGAUUUGGUACAAUGUAUUGGCAUGAUGGUACAUUUUAUAAAGGGUAAUGGAAAUAGGGAAUAUAAGAUGGAGAAGGAAUAUUAUCAGUUAAUUAGGAAGUAAUUAAGGGAGUAUUUUAUGGAACAAAAGCUUUGGAAGUGAUUGAGAAUUCAAAUUUUCGAAAAACUCAUUUUAGAAAUAAUACAUAUUCAGUGGAUUAAUCAAGUCGAUAAACAGGAAGAGAUUAAUCAAGAAUUGAUUAAAUUUACUAACAAAGGAAGAAUUCAACAGAAAUAAGUACUAAAAUGAAUUCAUUUACUCAGACUUAAAGAGAAUAUGAUUCUUCUCAUAAAAUAAUAGUUAAUAAUAAUUCAGAACCAAAGAGAAUUGGUCGUAUUACUUAAUCUAAGUUAUUACAUAAUAAAUAUAAGCCAAUAUUCCCAAAAAUGCAAUAAAUUUAACAAUAAAAGAAUUCAAAUCAAACUGAUAAAAAAAUUUAAGAAUAAAAAUAAUUAUGGAAGCCAAGUGGUGUAGUGAAAAAUGUUAAAUUUUGA